AAUUUGAGCGAAGAUUCUUACGAUUAUGUUUUUGGUGGUCGACGUAAGACUCCGCCCACAACAACGACAACACAACUCAAGCUGACCUCGCCGCCAGUUCGCUUGCGACCCGAAGACGCCUAUCGAGGUGAGAAUAUAAACAACGGCCGUUUGUAUCGUCAUUCCUUCAGCUAUGCCCCAAAAAGACAACGCCACUCAAGCCGUGAUGAUCGUGACCGCGAGUCAAGAUUGAGAUGUCAUGGCGAGGAUGAGGCCACACUGCGCCAAUUGCUGCUCGAUUUGCAAAAGCAAGUUAGCGUGAUGAGCAUGAAUCUAUCAGCGAAACUCGAUGAACUGCAGCGAGGCGAUCGACACCUGGAGACGACAGUCGCCUUGUGCGAAAUCCGCACACAGCUGCAGGAGCUGACCAAGUCCGUGGAGAGCUGCCAGAGUGAGGUAUCUGAGGUCAAACGUGACAUGGUGGCUAUCAAACAUGAACUGGACACCGUGCAGCAGGUCAAGGAGGAGAUUGAGGAGCUGCGCGAAUAUGUCGACAGACUGGAGGAGCACACGCACAGACGGAAGCUAAGACUUUUAGAACAAGGUCUGACCUUCUUUCUCACCUACUCCAUAUUCUCGGCGGUGCUGGGCAUGCUGCAAUUUGGCUACAAUACUGGAGUCAUCAAUGCGCCCGAAAAGAAUAUUGAGAAUUUCAUGAAGGAUGUGUACAAGGAUCGCUAUGGCGAGGACAUUAGCGAAGAGUUCAUACAGCAACUCUACUCGGUGGCAGUCUCCAUAUUUGCCAUUGGCGGCAUGCUCGGUGGUUUCAGUGGUGGCUGGAUGGCCAAUCGCUUUGGCAGAAAAGGUGGUCUAUUGUUGAACAAUGUGCUUGGUAUUUCCGGCGCUUGUUUGAUGGGUUUUACCAAAGUUAGUCAUUCCUAUGAAAUGUUAUUCCUUGGCCGAUUUAUAAUUGGUGUUAAUUGCGGUCUCAAUACAUCGUUGGUGCCAAUGUACAUCUCUGAAAUAGCGCCACUGAAUCUACGCGGUGGCUUAGGUACUGUUAAUCAAUUGGCUGUGACUGUAGGUUUACUAUUAUCCCAGGUGCUGGGCAUUGAACAAAUCUUAGGCACUAAUGACGGCUGGCCCAUACUUUUGGGCCUGGCCAUAUGUCCAGCAAUAUUGCAAUUAAUAUUACUGCCAGUUUGUCCCGAAUCUCCCAGAUAUUUGCUCAUCACCAAACAAUGGGAGGAGGAGGCGCGUAAAGCACUACGUCGCCUGCGCGCCUCCGGUUCGGUGGAUGAGGACAUUGAGGAAAUGCGCGCCGAGGAGCGUGCUCAACAAUCCGAGAGCCAUAUAUCCACCAUGGAGCUCAUCUGUUCGCCCACAUUGCGUCCGCCUUUGAUCAUUGGCAUUGUGAUGCAGCUGAGUCAACAGUUUAGCGGCAUCAAUGCCGUCUUCUACUACUCCACAUCGCUCUUCAUGAGCUCCGGACUGACUGAGGAGAGCGCCAAGUUUGCCACGAUAGGCAUUGGCGCCAUUAUGGUUGUAAUGACUUUGGUCUCCAUACCAUUGAUGGAUCGUACAGGUCGUCGUACCUUGCAUUUGUAUGGACUGGGCGGCAUGUUCAUCUUCUCCAUCUUCAUAACGAUUUCAUUCCUGAUUAAGGAAAUGAUCGACUGGAUGUCAUAUCUCUCGGUGGUGGCGACGCUCGGCUUUGUUGUAUUCUUCGCCGUGGGACCCGGCUCUAUACCCUGGAUGAUUACGGCGGAGCUGUUCUCUCAAGGACCACGGCCCAGUGCCAUGGCCAUUGCAGUGUUGGUCAAUUGGAUGGCCAAUUUUGUGGUUGGCAUUGGUUUCCCCAGCAUGAAGACUGCUUUGGAGAACUACACAUUCUUGCCAUUUAGCGUAUUCUUAGCCAUAUUUUGGAUAUUCACCUACAAGAAGGUUCCUGAGACCAAGAACAAAACCUUUGAAGAGAUCUUGGCACUCUUCCGUCACAACAAUGGCAGGAGUAUGCUAAACUGCACAAAUAGCUUGGAGCCACAAAGUAUGAAUUCUGGCAUCGAGCAUGCCGCAUUGAUGGUAUCUGAGGAGAAGACCCAACAUGACUCACUCUUUGGUACGACUUCGUUCUCGUUGACGGUUGAAGGCAUGGGUCCAUAUCCGUUAAGCGAUAGCACCAAUCUCUUGGGUCCAACGUCAACAAGCUAUGCGGUCGGCGGGGUCGGUGUUGCCGGCUCCUCUGCGGCUUGCUACACAAACUACGGUACAAAUAUACAAACGCCAGUUCCUAAUCGCAAAUGCUACUACAAUGAGUCUGACUAUGGCCGAGAUGAUAACUUUCGCCGGCACUCGGCGCACGGAAGAAUGUCAUGUAGCUAUGAGAAGGAUAUCGUAUGUGAUCAGACGCCGCUGCCAUCGCACAAGCAACACAAGCAUGAGCUGCCUCAGUCCCAAUCUCGUUCUCAGUCUCAUUCCCAAUCCCAGGAAACGGUUGCCAUCAUGCCACACUGCCAUCAGACCACACAGUCGCAACGCAAGCACAGUCACAGCCACAGUCCGCACCACAGUCGCCACACUUCACCGCACAGCCAUCACUCGCAUCUGGGUCAGUCGCAGUCACAUGGUGGGCACCACAGCUCGCGUCAUGUGUGCAGCAGUCGACGGCAUCGCUCGGUCACCGAUGUGUCCUGCAACUCGAUCAACGCCUGUCAGGAUGCAGCGUGUGCCGAUCGCGAGGUCCAGGAGAUAAUGGUGCGCAAGUCCGGCUGCAGUGCAUCCCGCACGGAGUUGGCUCAAUAUUUCGCCGAGGAUCUGUAUGGUUCAUCGUCGCGUCGUCCCAGCAGCUGUUGCACCAGCUCCGAUUACUGCUAUCAAACGGACUCCACGAGUCUCUACGGUUCGCGCUCCUCGCUCAGUCGCAACAACUCCAUCAAGUCGGCCUCGGCAGCGAUGCGCAAGCAACAGCGUCUCCAGGCACACCAGCCCAGCUACACAUCCAUAUCCCUGCGAGGCCUCAAUGCCAGUCGACCCAACAGUCAGCUGGGCUCCCUGACCUCCAUCUUCGAUCGUGCCAAGCAGAUUGCAGCAGAGAGCAAGUUUCCGGAGCAGCACGAGCAACGCCAGUCGACGAUGACACCCUCGAGGGGUUCCACUCUGGAGCGCCACAGCUCGAAGGGUGCGCUCAGCAAUGAUUUGCCGGAAUACGCCUGCUCGCCAUCUCCCAUACGCUGGAGUUUCCUUGCCGAUGGCAAAUCGCCCACGGAAUUGGAGCUGGAGGGUGCGGUGGGUGGUUCGACGGAGACAGCCGCAACAAGGACUGCCUCGGUGGACAAACUGGAUGCCUGGCAUGUGCCGGAACCGGAGCCGGAGCCGGAGAUGAAGCCCUGCCGCAAGCGUACGAGCAACACGGAGAACAGCAGCUGGAAGAGCGCCUUGUAUGAUGACGGACCAAGCACAUCGGCAGCGGCAAGGAAGCGACGUGGCAGCAACUAUCACUGUGAGUUCGAGGAGUCGACAACAGUGUUGUUCCAUCAGGAUCAGGAGGGCGAGACGUUCAACAACUGUUGCAACAACUACAUACAGUGCAACACGUAUCUGGAUCAGGAUCUGCAAAUCACCAGCGAGGAUAUCCAUCAGUAUCUGUCCAAGGGCAAUCCAACGAUUGGCGAUGUACUCAACAAUUCCAAGAACUAUCCAUUUCAGCCGAGCAAUGCACUCGAGUUCCAGUACAAGAACAACUUUCAGCAGGGCAACAACAAUGCCAACAACAACACUAACACUAACACUAACACAACCAACACGGCCUCCAGCGAUGCGGGUGAAUGCUUCCAGCGCUAUGAGAGAAGCUAUCGCACCAGCAGCUCCAGCAAGGAAACGAAUCUAAAUCAAAAUGCCAGCGGGGUUCAGACCACAACAGCAACAACAACAGCAACAGCAACAGAGCCCUUGUCCCCCAGCAACAUCAAUUUGUCGAGCAGCAGCAACAACAUCAACAUUGUGUUCAACAGCAGCCAGGAGCGCAACGCCAACGAGGUGAAGUUCAUCAACAAUCGGGCGGGGGAACGGGAUGCAGAGACUUUGGUCAGCUCGGAGGCACAUCAUGCGGGCUACCUGCCGUACACGUAUCCCAGCUAUGAUUACACCAACAUGUCUGGCAAUUCGCACUUUGAGAAGCCGCUGGGCAUCGAUGAGCUGCCCAAGGAAUUUGCUGGCGCCCAUUUGGAUGGUGGCGGUUCCACGACCAGCGAGCAUUCGUCGUCCUUGCACUUUGACUCCUUUGAUGCCGCCUCGGAGCACAAUUUGCUGUCGCAGCCAAUGUCACCCGGUUCGCCAGCCUCGGUCUCGGUGAAUCCUGCUGGCGAUGGUUACAUGCAUCUGCAUCAUUCGCACCUAGAGCAUCAGCAGCAGCAAUAUCAUGGCCAGUAUACGCAUGCACAGCUCUCGCACCCGCACAGCCACGCCCACGCCCACGCCCACGCCCAUUACAGCACAAACACACACACUAGCACGAGCACCCAUCACUAUGGCAAUCACGACCUGGCCGAGGAGCAAUUCCGGCUGGGCAAUGCAUUGAAGAAGGUGCGCAAGCGUGCACGCAAGUACACAGACUUUCUGCGCAAGAAGUGAGAUGUGAGAAGUGAGCUGAGAUUGUGAGUCCUGCUGAUAUGCCUUAAUAUCGCCCCCCAUCUCUAGAUUCACCAUACUUUGGGCGCAAGUAUGUGGUCGUCUCCAAGUCGCAGCCACGUCGCUCGCAGAGCCUGGACGAGGAUUAGCUGCGGAUGAAGCUGCAGCAACAACUAAAUCAACAUCACAAAAUUGCAUACUUAGCUCACACUUUUCGAAUAGCAAUAACUAAACAUUUUUCAUCAACUCAACACAAACUCAAACUCAAAAUCAAAUCAAACAAAUCGCGAAAUUAAUUAAUUAACUUAAAUUUUUACACUGCCAAAGACGAUGAAGUUUAAUACGAAAAACCAAAAAGAAAAUAUAUUUAUUUAUGGCAAGCCAAAUUGUAAUGUGCGAUGGACAGACACACAUACAGAUACACAAACAGUUACACAAGCAUACAUACAUAUAUGAUUCAUGUACGGCAGCCAGUUAUAAAUACAAGAACAAGAACAAGAACAAGAUGAACAACCACAACAACGACUAUUUUAAAGAAUACCUAAGCUAACAGUGCGUAUACAUAAUAAGUAUGAAAAUUUGUAUAUUCAACUUAAUGAUUAAGUACAGGUUUUGAAUUUGCAUAUUUCAAUUACGAAUUAAACCAAAACAAAAACGAAUGGCAAAUGCAAAUAAUAAUGCACAACUAACCAAAACAUAGUUAUUAAAUUUAACAAUACAUUUAAAUAGUAUAAUUAAGAGGUCGAUGGAGAAAUCCAAGCAGCGCUACAAGAUUUAGAGUUUCAGCAACUGCAGCAUAAACAACAACAAAA